ACCGUUAACGUGGAUCGGCAAAUUCGCCAUGGAGGUGGAAUUCUAUGGCAAAUAUGAUUGCGUAAACCCGCAGCCAUUAGGCAUGGAAGACGGAUCAAUAGGCGACGGACAGCUAACGGCUUCAAGUUAUUUAACAGUAGCGAGGCAUGCAAUAGCCAGUCGCCUCAACAGUGGUUCUUGGAGGCAAGCAUCCGGAGAUACAAAUCCCUGGUUGCAAGUUGAUCUUUUACAUCAAACCAAAAUCACAGGUGUAGCCACUCAAGGUCAUCGUGAUAACCCUAGCCUUAUUAAAACGUUUAAAAUGUCAACUGGUAACGACGGAAAAAACUUUGCAAGCUAUACUGAGUCUGCGCUUGUUAAAAUUUUCCAAUCGUAUAUUCCUGGAAAUACUAAUGGAAACACGGUUGUCAAACAAACCUUCGCAAAAAUUAUCGUCGCCCGAUUCAUUCGGAUCUAUCCCUUGCAGUUUCAAUAUAACCCGUGUUUAAGAAUUGAGGUCUAUGGCAGUCCCAUUGUUACAACCUCGUGUUUAUACCCACAAGCUCUUGGCCUCGAGAACUAUGUAAUACGUGAUGCUCAACUGACUUCUUCCUCUGAAAAAGAUGAAACUUCGCGUGCAAUGAACGCCAGGCAGAAUUUCAAUGGAACAGCUGGUGCAUGGAUUGCUCUAGGCACAGAUAUGCACCCUUGGUUGAGAGUUGACUUUAUCGGCAACGUAACACUUACAGCCGUUGCGACACAGGGCCGUAACGAUGCGGACGAAUGGGUAACGAGUUUCAAACUGUCGUUCAGUAUGGAUUCGAGCAAUUAUGAAUAUUAUGAAGAGAAUGACGUUCCUAAGGUAUUUCAAGCGAACACCGACAGAAACACGACGGUCAAACAUUAUAUGUUCCCAGCAGUCUUUACCCGAUAUGUUCGCCUCCAUCCUAAGACCUGGCAUAGCGCUUGCGCAAUGAGAACAGAAUUUUUCGGGUGCUACGAAGGUAUGGAAUCUGUCGCCGUGAAGUUAUCCUGA